CCCGUUUCUUCAACAAAGGUUUACUUGCCAAAUUCCCCAAUUUGACAAUCUCAAUGAAUUCUACGCGUGACACAGAUGGACACGGAACUCAUACUUCAUCCACUGCUGCUGGAAGUUACGUUGAAGGUGCUUCCUUUUUCGGUUAUGCCUCUGGAACUGCCAUAGGUAUGGCUCCACGAGCUCGAGUGGCCAUGUACAAGGCCCUUUGGGAGGAAGGGACGUACACGUCUGAUGUUGUAGCAGCUAUCGAUCAGGCAUUGAUAGAUGGAGUUGAUGUCUUAUCCAUAUCAUUGGGAAUAGACGGUGUACCAUUUUACCAAGAUCCUGUUGCAAUAGGCACAUUUGCAGCCCUGGAAAAGGGCAUAUUCGUGUCAACAUCAGCAGGAAAUGAGGGGCCUAUCUUUGGGACAUUGCACAAUGGGACGCCUUGGGUUCUUACAGUUGCUGCUGGUACAAUGGACCGCGAAUUCACUGGGACGGUAUUUCUUGGAAAUGGGAUAUCAAUCUCUGGUUUGUCUCUCUACCCUGGCAAUUCUACUGCUGCCAAAGUCCCAAUUGUCUUCAUGAAUAAAUGCGAAAACCAGACAGAACUGAAGGAACUGCAAGGUAAGGUGGUUGUAUGCCAAGACAAGGAUCAGACGUUGAACAACCAAGUCAAUAAUGUUCAAAACAGUAAAGUUGCAGGUGCUGUAUUCAUUACAAACAACACUGACUUGGAAUUCUUCCUUGAAAGUCAAUUCCCAGCUGUGUUUCUAAAUCUUGAAGACGGUGAAGAAGUUUUGGACUACAUUAAAAGUAGCUCAGCCCCAAAAGCAAAGCUUGAAUUCCAUGGAACACAACUCGGAACUAAACCAGCACCAAGAGUGGCUAGCUAUAGCUCCAGGGGCCCAUCGCAGAGCUGUCCCUUUGUCAUGAAGCCCGACAUUAUGGCUCCAGGUGCGUUAGUCUUGGCUGCAUGGCCUCCAAAUUCUCCAGUGACUCUGGUGGAUUCAGGCCAACUUUUCAACAAUUUUAACAUUAUAUCGGGGACAUCAAUGGCUUGCCCUCAUGCUGCUGGAGUAGCAGCCCUUUUGCGGGGAGUACACCCUGAUUGGAGUCCGGCAGCCAUUCGAUCAGCGAUGAUGACCACAGCUGAUAUAUUGGAUAACACGAACCACCCGAUAACAGACAUUGGAUUAGAUAAUGAAGCCGCAAAUCCUUUGGCUAUGGGGACUGGCCAUCUUAAUCCUAACAAGGCUCUGGACCCUGGACUCAUAUACGAUGCUGGAAUAGAAGACUACGUUAAUCUCCUAUGUGCUCUGAAUUACAAUUCCAGUCAAAUUCAGACUGUCACAAGGUCGUCUUCUCACAAUUGCUCAAAACCAUCACUUGACUUGAACUAUCCAUCAUUCAUAGCUUAUUUUGCAGCAAGUGGCAAUCGCUCAACCACGCAAGAAUUCUCAAGAACAGUAACCAAUAUUGGGAGUGAGAUGUCGGUUUACGUUGCAAAAUUGGUGCCAUUGGAUGGAUUUAAAGUCACUGUAACACCCGACACAUUAUCUUUUAGACAGAAGUAUGAAAAGAAAAGCUACAAAUUGACAAUAGAAGGUUUUUCAGUCCUGAAAAAUUCACUAGUUUUUGGUUAUCUGAGUUGGGAGGAUACCGGAGGUAACCAUGUAGUCCGAAGUCCAAUCCUGGCCACGACCCUAACUGUAAAAACAUUGUCAGGACACAAUUAUUAAUCACUUACAUGUAUACUUUAGUAUGUAUGAUGAUUGAUGAAUAAUUGUUGAAUGAUUACAUUUCUGCAAAAAUUUCAGUGUCUGUUUGGUGAACA